GCCCAAAAAAUCGAAAAGUGAUGCGAAGGAGAAACAGAUCUGCUUCUACAAAACUUAUUUGAGGGAAGAUGUGAAUUUAACAAAGAAAAUAUAAGCACAUGCGAAGAAGAGAAAGCUUGUAGUCUUCAACCUUGAAUCGAACAUCAGUGAAGCAUAUAUGUGGUGAAACAAUUUGUUUGACGGAUAUGUACUUUUCGUUUGCCGGAUUUCGGAUGAGUAAUGCUGCUUACACGGCUGAGCUGCCGUCAGAUUGCUCGCCGCCUGCCAGUAUUGGAAAGUCAUAAACUCCUACACCAUAGCGCCUCCGUCUUUCCGCACGUAGAGCGAUCUUUUGUGCUUGUUUUAAAGACAUGUUCCAGUUCCGCUCAUAUUCGUCAAGUCCAAUGCUAUAUGCUCGUUCGUGCUCUGGAUUACGACAACAUUCUUCUAAAUCAAUUCGUUGGCGCGGUCUCUGCUGCUGGGUUCUCCGGCUAUGUGUAUUGCUUGGUCUUCUUUGCUCCCAACCCGGACAUGUACCUAUUCAACACUGCCAUUGAAGCUCUCGCUUCCAAGCCACGUUCAGCCAAACAGGCAAUUGACCUCUACGGUAGAGCCCGAAACAUAGGUUUGAAACUCGAUACUUAUUCAAUUCCUUUUGCGUUAAACGCUGCUAUCUUCGAUUGUGGAUUGAGAUUCAUCGGUGAACAGAUUCACUGUGACGCCGUCAAGACAGGGCUGAACAAUGAUGUCCACGCAGGGGUGGCGCUUGUUCGUAUGUACUCUGCCUACAGACUCGUUACUGAUGCUCGGAAGGUGUUUGAUGAAAUGACGCAAAAAGAUGAGGCCUUGUGGAAUGCUAUGAUGGCAGGCUAUGUCAAGGCUGGUGAUAUAGAAGCUGCAGCAUUCUUAUUCGAACAUAUGCCCUGGAGAAAUGUUGUUUCUUGGACUACUAUUAUAGCUGGCUAUGCUCAAAAGAAUCAGUCUCGUGAGGCCAUUUCCGUUUUCGGGAGAAUGAUGGCUGAGUCGAAUGGAGUCAAGCCUGAUGAGGUCAUCUUGCUGGCUGCCCUUUCGGCUUGUGCAGAUUUGGGUGACCUCAAGAUGGGUGAGUGGAUUCACACUUAUAUUGAGAAACAUCAGUUGCCAAAAACUAUACGUCUUAACAAUGCCCUCAUACAUAUGUAUGCCAAAUCAGGGAGCAUACACAAGGCCAUACAACUUUUUGAGAGUAUGGCUGAAAAAAAUGUGGUAACUUGGUCAACUCUGAUUUCCGGCUUGGCUACUAAUGGACUUGGAAGUGAAGCACUUGACAUGUUUUCUCGUAUGGAAAGGACCAGAGUGAAGCCCAAUGAUGUGACUUUACUUGCUGUACUUUCUGCCUGCAGUCAUGCUGGUUUUGUUGAGUUAGGACACUGGUUUUUCCAAACAAUGGAAGAACGGUAUGGAAUUAACCGCAGCAUUAAGCACUAUGGCUGUGUUAUUGAUCUCUUAGGGCGAGCCGGUCGCCUUCAAGAAGCUGAAAACUUAAGUAAAGCAAUGCCCUUUGAGGCAAAUGCAGCUAUUUGGGGAUCACUACUUGCUGCAUCUAGGAACCAAGGCAAUAUUGAAAUUGGGGAGCGAGCUCUACAGCAUCUCCUCAAGGUAGAGCCUCAUCAUAGUGGGAAUUAUUCACUUCUGUCUGGCAUAUAUGCUUCUAAUGGUAGGUGGGUUGAAGCUAGGGACACAAGGGUAGUUAUGAGGGAAAUAGGUGUUAAAAAGAAGCCAGGUCAGAGCUCCAUUGAGGUGGAUAACAAAGCUUAUGACUUCAAUUGUGAGGAUAUAUUCCAUCCUCAGCUUGACCUAAUACAUAGAACUCUGCUGCAGUUAAAUAGACACUUGAAGAUGCCAAGUCAUGCUGUAAGGGACUACGAGGAUCUGCUUGAUUCUGUUGGCUUGUGACAUAAUUUCCUCUCGUCCUAUGUCAUUUCAUUUUCAUUUCAUUUUCAUUUACCCCAGUGCUGCAAAGGCUCCCACCUACGGUGGGGUAAGGGGGGGUCGGAUGUACGCAGUCUUACCCCUAUACUAAAGCACAGAGAGAUUGUUUCCGGAUGACCCAUAGUGAAAAUCUCGUCCAAAAUUGCAUGGACUGACUGUUGUUCCAUAACAAAGAAGCGCAGACAGUUUAGUGAGCCAUUUUGCUUUAUUCCAUCAUAAUCUCAAGCCAAAAAAUAAUGAAUCUUUGGCUUCAUUGCAAAUGAUGGAAAAUGUGAUGGGCGGGAUUACAAAUGUGUGUUCUGAUGUGAAGUUCCUGAAAUCUCAAUGAUCUGAUUUGGACUUCUGUCUGGUCAAUCUUUUUGGUCUUGUUUUUUAUUUUGGUAUGGUCUUGAAUUGACUCUCAAGGUUAUUUGCGAGUGAUGACACCUGAAAAGGACAUUACUUUUUGCCCUUAAAAGGUAGGGAAAAUCUAUUUGAGAGUGUACAUCCUCUAUUUUGAGAGUUAUAAAAAAAUGCAGAAGUUUUGAGAGUUGUCUAUGUACAGAUAUGUGUACAAACAAGUGUGAAACGUGUACAAAAAAUAUGUGCACCAAGCAAAACCCAAGAAGUGUUGGCUGCUACUUCAUUGGUAUAAGUGUAUAAUAAUAAUGAAAAAAAAGUAUAAUAAUGAAUAUAUUCUGACUCAACAACGAGCCUAUAGUUACC